CGGAAUAGCCCUGCAGCUGUUGCUGGAACGUCAGUACCUGUGACGUUCUAUCUGCUCCAUUCCUAUUAUUGCUCCUCCAGCUGCUGCUGCCGCCGCUGUUUUCGCUCACCCCCCCUCCGCGCCUCUCUUUAGCCUUCAUAUUCCUGCGAGAAACGUGACAGCCACCUCUUCGACCAUGCACGACUCCUCGGCCACCAAUCCUGCUCUGUCAUGCCUCUAAAGUCCUACGCACCAAAUAUAUAAAGAGGAAUCGAAUCUGCGCAGGUGGAGUCUCUGGGAAAUCGCGCUUUACCCCUAGAUUGCUCAGAUGUCAGAUUAUUCUGUGGUCACGCACUGAAGAAUUAAACCGCUGGGAGAGAGAGAGAAAGAGAAGAGUGAGUUUAUAUAUAUAUAAAAGAGUGGAAGAAGAAGAAACUCCAGUAAAGGAGGCCUCUCUUUCUCUCCAUCUAUUUGAUCCGCUCCAACUUGCAAACGGCGCUGGACCAUGGCAGAUGAGGAAAAUAUUCUCAGUAGCAGCACUAGCAGCAGCUCCGACGGCGCCGACGGCGACUGCCCUCGGCAGGCUAUUGCCGAGCCGUGCCUGGGUUGUAGCGAGAGCAGCCGCUGCAACGUGCUCAGCUGGGAGCAAGUGCAGCGCCUGGACCGCAUCCUGAGCGAGACCAUCCCGAUCCACGGCCGGGGCAACUUCCCCACGCUGGAGAUGCAGCCGCGCCAGAUCGUGAAGGUGGUGCGCAGCCGCCUGGAGGAGCAGCGCAUCGGCGUCCGCGAUGUGCGCCUCAACGGCUCGGCGGCCAGCCACGUCCUGCACCAGGACAGUGGCCUGGGCUACAAGGACUUGGACCUCAUCUUCUGCGCCGACCUGAAGGGAGAAGCCGAGUUCCAGACGGUGAAAGACGUCGUCUUGGACUGCCUGUUGGAUUUCUUGCCGGAAGGAGUUAACAAGGAGAAGAUCACCCCGCUCACCCUCAAGGAAGCCUAUGUGCAGAAAAUGGUGAAAGUGUGCAAUGAUUCAGAUCGGUGGAGUCUCAUCUCCUUGUCCAACAACAGUGGGAAAAACGUGGAGCUGAAAUUUGUGGACUCCCUGAGAAGGCAGUUUGAGUUCAGCGUAGAUUCCUUUCAGAUCAAGCUAGACUCUCUCCUCCUUUUUUAUGAAUGCUCAGAGAACCCGAUGACUGAAACUUUUCACCCAACUAUAAUCGGGGAGAGUGUCUAUGGGGAUUUCCAAGAAGCUUUUGAUCACCUUUGCAACAAGGUCAUUGCUACCAGAAACCCGGAAGAGAUCAGGGGAGGUGGUCUCCUGAAGUACUGCAACCUCCUCGUAAGGGGCUUCAGGGCAGCCUCGGAAUCCGAGAUCAAGUCUCUCCAGAGAUACAUGUGCUCCAGGUUUUUCAUUGACUUCUCGGACAUCGGGGAGCAGCAGCGGAAGUUGGAGUCGUACUUGCAGAACCACUUUGUGGGCUUGGAGGACCGCAAGUAUGACUAUCUCAUGACCCUUCACAGUGUGGUGAAUGAGAGCACCGUGUGCCUGAUGGGACAUGAGAGGAGACAGACUCUCAACCUUAUCACCAUGCUGGCCAUCCGUGUGCUAGCUGACCAGAAUAUCAUCCCCAAUGUGGCCAACGUCACGUGCUACUACCAGCCAGCCCCGUAUGUAGCAGAUGCUAACUUUAGCAAUUAUUAUAUUGCCCAGGUUCAGCCAAUGUUCCCGUGUCAGCAGCACACGUACUCGACUUGGUUGCCCUGUAAUUAGCAGAUUUAAUAGGCUUGGUGGAGAGUUUGUUUUCUGUCAAGCAAAUAAAGGGGGGGAAGGCAGAACUCCCCCCUCUUCUCCUUUUUUUCAAAACAAACAAUGGGGUGUUUUUUGUGUGUGAUGGUGGUCUGCUCUGGCUUUUCAGCUUGAGGGAAGCUGUCGGUUCUUCAGUCUAAUGAAACAGAGAGUGAUUUAGAAAAAGAACUGAAAGACAAAAAACCUCAUUGGAUUCUCUACCCCAAAGCACAGAGGCCUGUCAUGAAAAGCAAAUAGGUCCUCUUGAAGGAAACCAGGGAGGAGGAAUGCUUGAUGACAAUAUGGGUUGGUGACGCCUGCUCCCAUAGCUAUGGCAGAGUGAAAGUUGGGAAGCCUUUAUUUUUUAAAUGAAUCUGCAAAAAAAACAAAACAAAACAAAAGACAGGGGAGGAAAUACGAGUGGGGAAGGGAAAGGAAAUAUGCGUUCAGGAAUUUUAAGUUAGAUUCAUAACACAGAGAUAUGUUGGAAGAAGAGAUAUUUUAGAAUUACUGCCUUUGGGGCAUGUAUUAAGUGCUGUCAGUGGAAUGAACCCAUAGAAUGUAUAGCUUGCUUGAAUAGAAAGCUUUAAGAGAACCAGCUUGCUCCAAAAUGGGGAAAAAAGAAAAAAAAAGCAGUUGUAGGUGGGUACAGUUAUUAUUUUUUUAAAGAGAGAAACGGGGGGGGGGUGAGAGAGAUUAUGACAAAUUUCAUUAUUUCCAGCUGUGUGUGUGCUUCACAUUUUGUAAAAAAAAAAAUGUGGAAAAGCCACAAAACCAGCUGCAGCAAGCAUCAUAUGCUUCAGGACCAAAGAUUUCUCAGAUAAGUUAUCCAAGCAAGUAGAAAGCAGAGUAGACUAUUAAAAAAAAAAAAAAGAGGAAAGAUAAGAUAUUACUAUAUUUGUACAUGCUAAUGUUAAACAAAAGUGCCUGAUACCUUUAGAAAAUUUGAAGUGAGAAAAAUAUAGUUUUGUGGUUUAAACUUGCAUUUUGUUUUUAUCAGGGACACAAGAAACAAACAAACAAACAAAAAAGCUUGUGAAUAAAUGGUGGAGGAAAUGCCUAUUUUUUUCGCUGGCAAAUACCUAUAUAAAGUUUCUAUUGUUGGCGUGAUGUUAUCAUAGGUACAUGUGUGUAUGUGUGUAUAUUGUUGUGUGUGUGUGCGUGUGUGUGUGCGUGUGUAUGUAUGUAUACAUGCAUACACACAUAUUUUCAAUAUGGUCUGGGAAAAUGUAGCAAUUUUAAGGAAUGUUUUAAAUAAAAUACAGUGUUUUUUCCAGUCUGCAACAGGAUAUCAUAAUGCUGUGGGCACUUUGCAGAGAGUUAUCCUGCACCAGAAAAUCUGAAUAAACAAACUAUUCAUAAGCAAGAUGGGAUUCAAAGGAUGCAUUUGGUUGCAAGAACAUAAACAAAUCCAUUGGGUUACUUGUGAGCCAUACUAGUUUCAAACAUUUCACCCACUGAUCCUUUUGUCCCCUGUUUUGUACUGUAAUAUGGUUUUGACAGUUAAUUCACUAGUACCAUGAUUGCAUGCCUCUCUGAUGUACAGACAACCAUCGGAAUGUGGCUCAAAUGGAUAGCUCCCUUGACAGCUAAAGAAUAUUGUAUUUGAAUAAUAAUUAAUGACAUUUAAAAAGAGCAAGCAGAAUGCACUGUGCAUUCCAGGACCACUAAAAGUUAGUAAAUGUGAAAUUGAACCAUUAUGAAGACUGUUGCAUGGAUUUUGGAAAUCUAUAUUUUAUAUAACACACACACAUACACAUUUUUAUGCAAGUAUUAAACAACUUUGGUUGUCACACUGCGUUUUCCAGUUUAGUACUGUACCUUAUUUAAAAUGAUUAAUCUUUUGCAUUGGGACAAAUAAUUUAAUUUCCUUUCUCUCAAGAGACUUAGGCGAAUGCUGGGGAAUCAUUUUACUGGGAGGGUUUUUAUACCCUUACCACUGUAGUGAUGAAUAUACAAAAGAAUUUAACCAUUUCUUCUUUUUUCACCCAGCCACUUUUUUUUAAAAUUAAAGCAAACAAAAUCUAACUUAACACCUCAGUCACAAUCAAACACAGCGUUAAGUGCUCUUACGUCCGGAAACGUAAAAAUCUUUGGGUUCCAGUGCUCCAAAUCUGUGUUGGAUUGCGGCCUACACAUUGUUUUAUUAAUGCUAAGAAAGGAAGCCAAGGUUACAGUUUGGGAGAGGAAACUGAACUAAGCCACCCACCACUGCGGAAUCAAAGGGAGAGAAAUACACGCUGCACAGGGAAAUGUUCAAGCAACAUAAAAUAUUUAAAGGGGAGGGAUUAGUAAACUGCUAACCAGGCAAUUUAGCAUCCCAUUGUCCUAACAAAGCUACUGGCAAUACAUUUGUCCCUUCCCCCAUUAUCCAUUACUGAAGCUUUUCUAUUCUUAACCAUCCCUUUGUGUCUGAAGGUCAGUUUAACAGGACCCCAGCUUGUUUACUCAAGUCUCUUCCUUGUGAAUUCUGCAGGAAAUGUAAAAUUAAUUUCCAUCUGGGCAGUCGGUCCCCCAGUCGUCACUUUUUGCUUGUCUGUUCACUACCCACAGCCUGCUUAGAAAAUCACAAACCUCACCCUCAUAACAAAUACACAUCUAGUCAGUGCUCAGUUACGAAAAUGAAAUGUCCUCUUUCCAUUGGCCCAGCGAAUCAGCAGGGAGAUGUGCUUUGUCAAAAUCAGAGUCUAGCCUGUUGUUGCUCAGAGGGGAUUUCUGAGGGAAGCUGAGCAGAAGGCUGGAGCAAGAGGAUCAGCUGGUAAUGUGGUAUGUCCUUUCCUACCACAGCUAUUUUGCUGCAAAUAAAUGAGUCAUCCACUAUUGAAAAGGGUUUGGGGUAUCUGGCAGUGCUUCAGCCACAAAAUGCUGAUAAUACAGUAUAGACAUUUUUUCCCCUUUGGAGCAGCCUUUUCCCUCUUUUAAGAAAACCAAACACGGCUAUUGUUAGUCUGAGGAUUACAGGGUCACUGUCUCUCUUCUCCUCCCCCUUCCCUCUCGUAGUUCAGGUAGAUGCAUCUCAUGGCAAGCAGCAAAUGGUUGCCUUGCAUCACAUGCCCCACAAGCUCUGUUCACUAGGUGAAAUAGCUCUCUCUCUCUUUUUUUCUCUCUGCUUUAAGGAACCAGCAAUCUUCAGCCACUAACAGGGCUUUGUUGCAUCUGGCUGGCAGUGGAGGUUGUUUUUAAACCGUCUGGUGAUAGUGAUGAGAAGAUGCUUUGACUCUAGGUCAAAACUAAAAUAACAGCAUAUUUUCAGAAUGUGUUGGCUUCUGUGAUUUGCAGACCUAGUCCUUCAUAUAGCCAAACAGCAUCCCCCCCCCACCCGAUCCUUCUCCAAUUUUAUUAAACUAGCACAUUCAUAAGAAGAAAAUGUUUGUUACUCUUAGGAUCUGAUCCUUCUAUUCAUUCAGCAAAAGCUUCAAAUGCAUUUUAAAGAAACUAGGUUUUAAGCAACUAGCUUAAGAUGUCGUCUUAAUUACAGUCCUAUGGUUUGUGUUACUGUUGGGUUAAAUGUGAAUCAAAGAGGAACUAAACCUCUUCUGAUAUGUCAUUGGGAGAUGAGGAAGGCAAAGACAUCAGAUUCUUUUUGAAGAACUAGUAGAAUCUGCAGUUUGUUAUCGUUCGUUAUUGUGAAACUUCAGUUGUCCGUGUCUGCUAUGUGGACCUCAGGUGAUUGCAUAUCACUUUUAUACUUAUGUAAAUAUCACUCUCAUUUAUCCAAACAUUUCAUUCUCAGUCCUGGGUCAUUCAGUUCAGAUAAAUGGAAUCAUACUGUGUAUAUAUAAUCCACAAUAUGCAAAAACAAAACAAGAAAAAAAUGGGGAGGAUGGAAUAAAAUGGAAGCAGGAUUCAUAUUUUCAUAACUCUUUUUAUUUAAAUGCUUUAAGACUUGUUUGCUGCUAUGUAUUGCACAAAGUUUCAUGCACAGCUUAUAAAUGCCUGUUGUAAGUGCUUUAUAUGUGAGUUGUAUUAUAUUGAAGACUCAUCCAUUCUGAGAAAGCUUUAAAUAGUUUGUGGAAAGAAAAACGUGUAAAGAAAAAUGAAAAUGAGAUGGAGAGAAAUAUAUCUAUCUAAUGACAUAUUAAGCACUUUUUGUUUUUGUUUCUUGGGUUUUUUGUGUGUGUAUUGUUUUCUGAUUUCCACUGCGAUGACAAAAAUCCAAAAUCCAUGUACAGGUGUUGUUGUUUUUUUGGGUUUGCUUUCUUAGCAAGCCGUGAUUAUACCUAGUUAAACAUCAGAAAGGCCUGCAGACUUCAGGACUGGUUGAACGUGACACCACAAACUCUUGCAGUCUGUGGGAAGUCAAGUGAUGCUGAAUUUGUUCUCCUGUGGCAUUCCGCACAACUUUAGUCUUCAGCGAGACAUUCUGCUGCAUCAAACCGCUCCCCUUGGACUGUUCCUUUAGGAACUUUUUGACUCUGGGUUCUGUUGGAGGCUGAAACAAAAAGUGGAUGGGAAACAGACACUUCUAACCAAGUAAAGCAUUUGCUCCAGUGCUAGCGGGAACAGAUUGUGAAUUUUGUUUACAGCAUCCAAUAUUUGGAUUUUUUUGUAAAUAAAAAUGAUGUUAUUUUUUCUA